UAUCAGGCACUUGCGGACGGUUUGCACAUCAUUACUUGCGGUCCUAUGUGUACCACACUGUACCAGUGCAACUGUGCACGCACCUGGUACCGCACGCAUGCUUUUAUUUAAUUAGUUACUUUUUAACGAAAAAGUAACUCAUUAACAUGAACGACAUUGAUGAUAGUGAGUCAUAGAUCAACUCGCUCCACGCCCUAGCUGCUCCUCCGUUUUAUACUUCCAUGAUGUUAUCAAAUACCGAUGGUUAUUCUAGAAUCUAGUCUGUCUCCUUCGAAAGGCGCUUGCAUCUGACUUCUGAGCCUGAGGCCACCAAAAUAAUUGAGAACAAAAGUAGUAAAAAACCUGCGUGUUAAACGUGUUCGCCAUGUUCACGGGCGUGAUGAAGACAAUUUCCCUUGCAUGGCUGUUGGAGACCUUGAUACUCGGUGCUUUCUGGCAGUCUGCAAAAAGCCAGAGUGACGGUGAUUUCCGGCUAAAUGUGUCAAUUCCUGGAAGUAAUCUCAAGAAACUGGAGGUCUUCUUCGUUGAAAAAUGGGGCCCCGUCUGUGCCAAUAAUUGGCAGUUGCGUGAGUCCAUGGUCCUGUGCAAUCAACUGGGUUUUCAAUUCGUUGGUAGUUGGGGCCCAGACGCUGAAGAUCAAGGAGUGCAAGGGAACCUUGGCUAUGUGAAUUGUCAGGGAGAUGAGAGUUCCAUUCUGGACUGCUCACACAUGAAGCGGACGAAUACUAGCGGCCCAUAUUGCCUCGUCAGUGGAGUGGUUGCGAUGACUUGUGUCGAGACUCGAGGUCAGGGAGCACAAGUCUCUUUCGUGGACGGUGAUGCAUCUACUGAGGGCAGAGUCGAGGUCAGAUUCCAGAACGGCGAUACGACAUUUGUCUACAGCAUCUGCGACGAAGGCUGGGACUUGGCCGACGCAGACAUCGCCUGCACAACUGAAGAACCCCCAAAUGGCCCUGCCCUCGAAGCAGUGGGAGGGUCCUACUUUGGCGAGCACCCUUCGGCAUCCGGCUCUAACGAACAGUUUGAUGGCUACUUGGCGUCCGGCUUGCAGUGCGAUGCAUCUGCGACGUACGAGAAUCUCAUCGGCUGUCCCAACUCUGGCUGGUUUCCCAAGAACUGCAAUAAGAAUGCAGGGGUCAAGUGCCAGAGAAAACCUGAUGCGCUUCCGAUGAACAUCACACUCAUUGAUGGGACGUCGAAUUAUGAAGGGUUUGUCAAAGUGACCUUGAGCGACACGGCUUCAGGGUCAAUUUGUAGCCAGAAGGUCUUGACCCUCAGGGAAGGUGACGUGGUCUGCCGAUCCCUGGGAUACGGCUACGCCCUCAGUGUCUCUGAGGGGAAGAGCAGUUUACAGCCAGUUGUCUUCGACCUCCACUGCGACGGGAAUGAGCAGUCUCUGACUGAGUGUGUGUUCAACGCCGGUGGAAACUGCGACAGAGGAAACACACUCGAAGCAAAGGUCACCUGCAGUGGGCCCCUUGAAGCCAAUAAGUAUCCUGUGGAGCUCACCGACCAACUGGGCGCAAGAGACAAAAAGGGACUCUUGAGGGUCUUCCGAGACGGCCGCUGGGGAACCGUCUGCAAGACAGGCUGGACCAAGGAAGACGCACAGGUGGUGUGCCGCCAGCUGGGCUAUUCCUCUGUCGUCAGCUACGUGUCUGAAGACGAAAGUGGAAGUGGACCGAUCUACUUGAGUAACGUUGACUGCGACGGGACUGAGCAGAGUUUGGACCAGUGUCAGCAUGACGGCUUGGGGGGCCAUGAGGGAUGUAGCCACAUGAUGGAUGUGUAUGUCGAGUGCGGAUCAGCAAUGAUGGUGUGUAACGCCAUACUGAUUGCAGCUCUGGCCAGCCUGGCGAAGUUUCUCAGUUCCCAGUGAUGGACAGACAGCUUCACAAACAUCCUUGGAAAAUUUUUUUGGUGAUGGUUGUUUUGCUAAAAUUUAGCUCGAGUUGCAAUGUCUGCAGUGACAUGUAGAGUUAGUCUAGUAAGCUUGGUGUUGUUACUGAAAUAAAACUGAAAUAACAAUUAAACUCAUAAUUGAAAAAAAAAUCAGGGAAAACAAUUUUAAUGAUACUGAAUUUAUGGGUUUUAAUUUAUGAAUAAAUUAUAAAAGUGCUGCUGCCACUAAAAUUUGUUGUAUUAAAUAUUAGAUUAAAUAAAAUAGCUCUGUACUAAUGAUCUUUUUCUAAUCUGUACUAAGAAUUCAUUUUAUAAUUUGACCAG